GAGUUUAUUAAAGCAAGAACUUUUUGUCCAGUAAUAGUAGUAUUAAUUAAGUAUGAGACAAAGCUACCGCAGGCGGCGAUAAUUAAUUAGUCCCAAUUUUCAAGAAAAUGCUAUUCAACAUACCUAAUCAUACCUCCAUAAGCAUUUUACCAGUUUCGAUUCGCUAUAUCAACGCCUAUUCCUUACGACCAUCAUUUUACUACUCCUGCUCACUACACUUACCCAAAUUCAGGCCUUUUUUUCACCCCUCUCCCCUCCUAUCAAAGCAAUCUCCAUCCCCCCUUCUGCCUUUUCCCCAAAACCCUAAAACUAAAAUCAAUUCAAUUCCGUUCAUAUGGAAUUUGUUAGGUAAUUAAUCGUACGGUACCCGGAAGUCGUACAGGUGGGGCCGGGGGAGGAGGGUGAUAUCCAGAAGUGUGGAUUGAUUAUACAGGGAAGGAGAGGAGGGAGUUGGGUGGAAAUGCCAAGCGUGGCGGUGAAAUUAUACAGUGUUUUUUUCAAGUUUUUAUUAAAGCAUCGGUUACAGAACCGAAGCCAAAUCCCUAUAAAUGAUCCCAAUGAGGGUACUUCUUUCGGCGUUACGUCACGUCCAGAUGAGGAAUCUACGGCUGCUUCAAAUCCUUCUUUUACCGACGGCGUUGCCACCAAGGACAUACAUAUAGAUCCCACCACCUCUGUUUCUAUUCGGAUUUUUCUACCCGAGACUUGUCUAGGUUCCCCUGAUUCGGAUUUGAGGGGACAAUCGAAAUCUAGGGUUAAGGCUUUAUCGGGAUCCGAUCUGCGGCGAAAUAGCUAUGGUGCGGCGACGACUGACAAUGUGACGGAUAAUCAUUAUAGGAAUAGUUUUAGGAGAAAUAGCUAUGGAUGUAAUGUGGAUGAUCUCGCUUUGAAAUCUGAAAAUGGGGCUUAUAGAGGAUAUGCUCCUUCCGGUAAAAAUUGUAGGAAGUUGCCGGUUAUGUUGCAGUUUCAUGGUGGAGGAUUUGUGAGUGGGAGUAAUGAUUCUGUUUCGAAUGAUUUCUUUUGUAGAAGAAUUGCAAAGCUUUGUGAUGUCAUUGUUUUAGCGGUUGGGUAUAGGUUAUCGCCUGAGAAUAGAUAUCCAGCAGCAUUUGAGGAUGGGUUGAAGGCGUUGCAUUGGCUGGCGAAGCAGGCUAAUUUGGCUGAAUGUAGAAAGUCCUUGGGGGAUAAACGUGGUGGAACAGAUAUGAAAAAAACUGAUUCUCACGGGCACAUAGCAGAUGCCUUUGGAGCAUCAAUGGCGGAACCUUGGUUGGCUGCUCAUGGAGAUCCAUCGAGGUGUGUUCUCCUUGGAGUGAGUUGUGGAGGAAAUAUAGCUGAUUAUGUGGUCCGGAAGGCAGUAGAAGCAGGCAACCUUUUGGACCCAGUCAAGGUGGUGGCACAGGUCUUGAUGUAUCCAUUUUUCAUUGGCAAUGUUCCUACUCAUUCCGAGAUAAAGCUAGCAAAUUCCUAUUUCUAUGACAAGGCGAUGUGCAUACUUGCCUGGAAAUUAUUUUUACCUGAAGGAGAGUUUGACUUGGAUCACCCUGCUGCUAACCCACUCGUCACUGGGAGAGAAGGACCUGCUUUAAAACGAAUGCCCCCAACAUUGACAAUUGUAGCAGAGCAUGACUGGAUGAGAGAUCGGGCUAUUGCUUAUUCAGAGGAACUCCGGAAAGUAAAUGUUGAUGCUCCUGUUCUUGAAUAUAAGGAUGCUGUUCAUGAGUUUGCAACUCUUGACAUGCUUCUCAAGACCCCUCAGGCUCAGGCUUGUGCUGAGGAUAUUGCCAUCUGGGUAAAGAAACACAUUUCACUUCGAGGUCAUGAAUUUUCAUAUUGAGUUGGAUAGAUGGUCUUGUAUAGCAGCAGCAUCUUUGGACAAAUGAUCCUUGUGAUUUGAGGUUCACCAUAUAUUGCUUUUAAGUUUCAUCACAAUUCUUUUUUCCUUGGAAUGUUUCUUUUGUAAAAUAGAUGUGAUUUGCCAGAAAAUAGGGAUUAGCUGAGUUUUGAGCCACGAAUUCCUCCUAUUUUGAGUUAAGCAUGUAUGUGUUAUCCUUGUAAACAUUUUUCCCUGUAUCAGAGAUUUCUCUGUCGUUAGCAGAUAAUGGAAGAGAUGUAUUCCGCUUUA